AUGACAGCGGCAGCAGCAGCAACACAAUCGCCGCCAGGAGCAACAUCACCACCCAUCACCCAUCACCCAUCGCCAUCGGCGAGGAUGGAGCUAAGCUUUAAGCUCGGUUUCAGGACCCGGCAACUGGAGCAGCCAGGACCUUCCACUCCGCCCGGCGACCUGUGUUCGGAUUUCCCAUUUGUUAUACGCUCUUGCUGCUCCUGUUUUCGAAAAUGCAGGCCCAACUGGGGCAACGACUUCUUGGUAACGGAGUAUCCUGAGCAGCCGAGUGUAGCGAGUACGAUGAAUCCGCCUACUUACAAUCCUUCAGGGCAAUCCUACAGCGAGGAGAUCCAUCGCAUCGAAGAGGAAAUACAGGACAUAGACAGGCUGAUUGCCCAGAAGGAGAAGGAAUGUGAAGUGCUGUUUUUACACCUCAUACGUAUAGUCCAAAGUGUACUAUACCAAAAGCAACAAUCGCUGGCCACGUAGUAUAUGCGAGAAUUGUUAACCUAUU